AGCUUCACUUUGCAUUUCUAAUAUUUCUAAUUUGAAGAUCAUUUUACCCACGCACUCAAAAUUUGUACGUACUCGUAACGCCAGGCUGAUAGAUUCUCAUCUCAAUCUCCUUAGUCAUUCAGGGUGCAUUGCAAUGGUUGUCUAUUGUAUUACAAGUUAUCUUUGCGACGAUCAAUCAUAACCAAUCAUACCCAACAAUCCCUUCCCCAGCAACCCUCACCUCGAGCUGCUUUAGGUCUCGGAUCUUCCCAUAUUCAGCCAUGGCUCCCGAAGCCGUCAGUGCCUUUGAGGCACGAAGGCGAGCCAACUUGGCCAACAAUGCCAAACUACUCAAGGAAACUAACGAGACGGGUGCCAAAAUGGCAAAGGCUGCGAGACCAGCUCCAAGGCCCGCAGCACCGCGCAAGAGGAAGGCACUGGAGCCAGCUGUUCCCACGCGGGUCAUGCCUACACGUCGGAGUGCGCGUGUCUCUGGUGCCACAGACACUCAAUUUGAGUCCAUUAAAUCAGAGUAUGAAGUGAAGGCCGCUGAGGCUCCUACCAAACGCAUCCGCAAGGGAGGUGAUAUGAACCUGUCAGGACUGGUGCUUGAUGCGCGAUGGGCUAAUGGCACUGAGGCUUUGGCUAGUUUUGCGCAAGGAGCUCAGCCGGGAGUAAGGACGUUUACAGAGGAAGAUGUCAAGGACAUGUCAGAUGAAAAGUUAAAGGAUGUCAGGAAAGGCAUGAGCGAGCUCGAGCUCUACGACGGGUGGCAAGUCAACGAUAUCAAGCUCACACCCGAGCGAGUUUAUGCGCUGGCCUUUCACCCUAUUAAGGACAAGCCUGUUGUCAUAGCCGGCGACAAAAAUGGCAUUCUGGGAGUAUUUGAUGCCUCCCAGGAAAAGCCAAACUACGUCGACGAUGCAGAUAUUCCCAUCCCCAUCGUCUCGGCAUUUCAGAUGCACUCCAGGACCAUCUCAGCCAUCAUCACGCCCCAAUAUGACCAAAACUCCAUCAUCACGUCCUCAUAUGACUCGUCCAUCCGCUGUCUGGAUCUUUCCACACAAGUCAGCACUCAGCUCUGGGCACCCGAUGACGACAGCGAAGAACUACCCAUCACAUGUGUCGAUGUGUCUCCCGAGCAAAAGGAUGUCUUUGUCUUCUCCACCAUGAAUGGCUCCGUCGGGCGGUUCGACCGACGAGCCAAAGACAAAGCCGAGAUAUGGAGUUUGACCGACAACAAGAUUGGAGGAUUUGCCCUGCAUCCUCUCAUACCCCACCUCUUUGCCACUGCUUCCCUCGACCGGACCCUCAAACUCUGGGACCUGCGCAUGUUCAAGGGCGAAGGCGACAUGCGCCAUCCAUCCCUCUUGGGCGAACAUACCUCGCGCCUGUCCGUCUCGCACGCUUCGUGGAGUCGUGGUGGUCAUAUCGCCACGUCAUCCUAUGACGACACCAUCAAGAUCUACGACUUUUCCGAGGCAAUGAAGUGGAAACCCGGCCACGGCAUCGUUGAAGAUGAUAUGGGGCCCACGCACUCUAUUCGCCAUAACAACCAAACCGGCCGAUGGGUGACCAUAUUGAAACCAAAGUGGCAGGCGAAUCCGACCGAUGGAAUUGAAAAGUUCGCCAUCGCGAAUAUGAAUCGGUUUGUGGAUGUGUACGAUAGCAACGGGAAACAGCUUGCACAGCUGGAUGGACAAGGCAUUACAGCUGUGCCGGCCGUUGCGGAAUUUCACCCCACGCAUAACUGGGUUGCAGGUGGCACCGGAAGUGGGAAACUGUGCCUAUGGAUGUGAGAAUGACUUUACUUAAGGACUAGUCAAUAUGACUAGCACGCAUGUGCUCAGACCGGUGGCGAUGUACCAUUUCAACUACUAGUUCAAGGCUACCUCCAGAUUUAUAUGAAGGCCAAAAAAGGAUGUUUCCUUUUCUUUUUCUAUGAUGGUUACUUCUGGUUUGAGGCGGGGUUUU